AUGGCCCAGUAUUACGCGGAUGGCGCCCAGUUACCCAACGCGGGCGUCGUAGCACCAUACCAACCAGAUUUCGACUUCAGCCAAUUCCUGGUGCAACCCAUACCGCGCGAGAACUACAACCUCCCGCUCGAGACCCGCAACAUGCAAAAUGCCAGCAUCGAGGCACACAACACGGCAUCUUGCAACACUACUCAGGAGGCUGAAGAUGACAAGCAAGGGACGCGAGAUGUUGGCCCACCACUAAAGCCCUUCUUUGCCUACACGUCCGACGAGAUACGCGAAUAUGCCGAAGACGAAACUCUUUACAAGAUCCUCAAAGAACAGGGCCCCGUCCCACUGAUCUUCGCGCGACUCGUCGCGAAUUUUAAACGACAAUUGUCGGACGCAAAAGCCGCGGCACCCUCUCUCGAAGGAUCUUUCGUUGGCAAGGCGGAUGGGCUUCGAACGAGACGUGGGACAAUCAUCCCAGAGUCUAUCAUCGUGGCUGCGUCCCUUGGCUCCCCACCUCCACUCUUCGCAUUGACUCAGCGCCACCUCGACGAGUUUAACAAAGCACCUUCUUCCGUCCCAGUCCGUAAUGUGCACCACCCAAAACUCGGCAACCGCCUCACCCAAGCUUUUGACUCGGAGACCUUCAUGAAGAAUAUUGGACCGCAUACCACCUUCACAACCGUCGAGGCUUUUCCUCUCGGUUUCGGCAACCUAUUGGAAUGCUUCGAAACACUGAAAAUCAUCGCGACCUACUUGGCCGGAAAGAACCCCCCACCCACAUCCAUUGCAACACACGUCUGCAACCACAUCGACUGGAUUCAAACUGAACUGCCCAACUACGGCGCCCAUAUCAACGAGUGGCUGCCCUGGUCUUGGUCCAGAUUGACGGAGAUGUUUUCUGCUAACUACAGACACCAGGAGAUAGAAUACAACGUAUUCCGCGAGCUCUACAAAAACAGGAUCGCGAACCAGUGUUCCCCAGCAGUGCCGCAAACCAAACGCCACGCCCCAGACCAUGUUUAUCCCGAGGAAAGAAGAUAUUAA